GCGGGUGUGGCGAGGCGGAGGCAGGGCCCGGAGCCACGCGCCUGCGCAGGCCGACCCUACGAAGGAGGGAAUUGCGCAUGCGGGCGCGUCUCCCGGGCCUCCAGAGCGGGUGAGCACUAGGCCUCCCCGGCGGGCCUGUAGUGCGCGGGAUUCUGCACAUCUAGGGCGAGCUGGCACGUUACAUCGCUGGUGCUUCUCUGCCUGCUCAAGAUGCCACCACUUAGGCCUCUGUUGCAGAAAUCGCCAGACUUUUAAGGGCCGCGGAAUCGGGACGAUCUUGGGGAUUGACCUGGACAUUCCUGGCAGAUCUGCGUGCACGAGUUAGAUGCAGACGUGGGUUGGUAGCAGGUUUCGUUUCCCCCAGUUUUGCAGCUACUCCUUGGCUCCAUUAGCUUCUCAGAACGGGCUUCCCCGGCCUCGACUGAAAGCUCAGAAAAGCAGUUACUCUUUCCGGUGAGGCUUCCAGAGGAUCAAGAAUAGCGAGCACCCCGAGUCCACUUGCAGCCGGAUAGAGAUCGGGCCCUUUGUCUUCCCCUCACAGCCGUGACAUGUUAACGUUCCUGUGUUGCCAGAAUGAGUGACCGCUAUCUAGAGCAAAGGAUUAGUAUAAAAUUUUGCGUGAAACUGAACAAGUCUGCAAGUGAGACCCACUGUCUUUUAAAAGAAGCUUAUGGGCAUGAAGUCAUGUCGAGGGCCAGAGUUUAUGACUGGCACAAAAGGUUUAGAGAAGGACGGGAAGAUGUUCGCGAUGAUGCCCGAAGUGGCCGUCCAGUUACCCACCGGACCGAUGACAAUAUCCAAAAGGUCAAGGACUUGGUUUGUUCGAACAGGCAGUUAACAGUGAGGAUGAUGGCUGAACAGUUAAAUUUAGAUAAAGAGACUGUUAGACUCAUUCUGAAAGAAAACUUGAACAUGAGGAAAGUGUCUGCCAAAGUUAUAUGCGGUAUUUUGAAGGGUGAUCCUAAACCUCGGAAACUUGGCUUUCUUUCGGAUCUUUCCAAAGAAACGAGGAAAAGCAGCUCGUGUGUAAAGAAAGAGGUCACAGGUUCUGAAACAUGGAGUCAUCUCCCUCGUGAAGCUGGUGGGGAAAUGCACCUGCCUGUGUCUCAUCCCAGAAUCCCCUAUCCUGCCGGCCAGCUUCUGCAGGCCUGGUCUCCAGCAAGCCUUCCCGCCAGGGCAGCUCAGGAUUGUUUCACACCCUGGUGAAAGGACUGAGACGCUGAACCUGAGCUGGAAAGCUGCGUCACUGUUAGGCACCUUCAUUUACUGCUCGUCUGUAUUCAAUCCUGUCUACCACCCUGCAUGCCAUGGCUCUCCUAGUUAUUCUGCUGGACUGUUGGGCUGGCCAUCUUCCUUGCUGAUCUUCUCCACAACUUUGAAGAACCUUUGGCUGUUAACUUCUAGUUUUUGCUUGUUCUUGAUUUCUUUCGCUUAGCAAGUUUGGGUCUCUUCACUGCCCAGGCCUUAGAUCAUGUGGCUGUCCUGUUGCUAUGUUCUUAACAUUCUGGGGAUCAGACCAGUGAGAGGUGGGGACAGGAUCUCCUGGAGUCUAUAUCUGCCCAGGGAGGCAUACUCUUCUGGGAGGACUCCAAGAGAAGGCCUCCAGUUCCAGUCUGCUUCACAGUCAGGGCCAGAGGUAUGGUCCAGAAGGGAGUGUCAUGCUGACAUAGUGAGCAAUACUAAGAGUCAGUGCAGCCCAAAUGAUUCAUUGUGAACUCCCCCCGACCCCCCCUGAAUUGAUUGGCCAACCCAUAUUUAUAUUGAGCUCACAGAUCUACCCCUCACAAAAGAGCUGGGUUUGUUUCCUUUUAGUGCUGUGCUUUCGGCCCCUCACCCCCACCCCCACUCAUUUGGGUAUCUUCUCUGCUGGAAGAGGAGGAUCUGAUCCCUGAAAAUAUAAACCAGGGGACUCAGACCCAGGCUGUGCUGUGUGGGGAGGGAGACCAGGCGACACUCUAGAUCAGUGAUGGCGAACCUUUUGAGCUCGGUGUGUCAGCAUUUUGAAAAACCCUAACUUAACUCUGGUGCCGUGUCACAUAUAGAAAUUUUUUGAUAUUUGCAACCAUAGUAAAACAAAGAUUUAUAUUUUUGAUAUUUAUUUUAUAUAUUUAAAUGCCAUUUAACAAAGAAAAAUCAACCAAAACAAUGAGUUUGCGUGUCACCUCUGACACGUGUGUCAUAGGUUCGCCAUCACUGCUCUAGAUCCUGCAUUAAGGGAGUCUGCUGUCUACAUGCUGGUGCUGAUACCCACACAGCAGCCUGAUUUUAGCAACUAUCACCAACAUUUUCAAGUGCUUUUUGAGCACCUGUGUUUUUAGAACAUUGCUGGGCACUGAUAGUGUGACGUUAUGAAACAAAAUCACCAAGGGCUGGGUGGACUUCAUGGAUGAGGUGGUUCUUGAGCUGGAUCUAUAAGGAAAGAUGGGACACGGGCCUAGGAAAUUAGGGAGAGCUUCCCAGGCAGGUGGAACAGCAUGAGGCUUUGAAGCUGCAUUAGUAAGAAAAUGAUGGUACUUUUGGCUGAAAUAGCAAAGUCCAAAGAGGAAGAGAAUGGUAUUGCAGAAGAUCAACAAUUUGGAAUCAUUUGCUUCCUCUCCUCUGCCCCCAACUCUAUGCCAAUUUAUAAAUAGUGAAUAGGUUUAUAAUAACCUACUUAUUUGAUUAUUAUCAACCCCUUCUCCCCCAAAGCAAUCUAUAUAAGUUCAAACCCCUUAUAUUUUCCUGCCUCUCUGCCAGGAUAUAUGGAAUGGAACUUUCCUCUAGUGGGUUCCAAGUAAUGCCACAUAGAUGAAACCUCUCAGAAUGUCUGGUGGAGGUGCAGGAUGGUUGGUUAUUAAUAGCAUUUCACAGGAUUGGCCAAUGCCUAUGUUUUACCCAAGGAUUUUUACAUAUAACAGCUCCUAUUCAACUAGUAAGUUAAUAAGCAAUAUUAGUUGAUAGAGGUUACUGUUAUUCAACAGUUAUUUUUAGUUCUAUUCUUUCACUGUAUCUUCAAAACAUUACAAGUUUGCCACUAAUAUCUCUCAGUUUUGAGGCACUCUGAAACCUAGACUUUAUCCCACAAAUAAAAGAUAACGUGCAAGAAAACUCAAACCAAGCAACAGCUUAUAGACUUCUACCUACUUAGCGAUUUCUAGAUCUUCUAUUUCUGGACCAUUACAUCUUACUACAUCAGAUGAGACCCGGGGUUCCCCACAAACACUCUACAUUCUGGAACAAAGGCCCUGUGGCUGUCUAGUGCAACUGUGUGACUGAACUUCAUAUUUAAAAAAAAAAAAUUCAUUGAAUUUAUUGAGGUGAUGUUGGUUAAUGAACCUCAUGUUAAUCCUUGAUAAUUGUUGCAGAAUUGUGUACUUCUGGGCAAGAGCCAGGAUCCCAUAACAGUACCUACAGACAUUAUCUUCAGCCUAUUAUAAUACAGUCCUGAGAGAACUUAUUUCUGGACUUAUUCCCAUCCUGUGCACAGGGCUGGAGUGACCUUUCCAAAGGUGCUGGACCAAGACCAUGCUGGAGUAUAGGGUACCAGGAGCAAUGUUGGCCCAUUCAGGGUUUGGACACAGCAACCGGAAGCAGUCACUUGUCCGUGGAAUGUGGCUACAUGUUGUAACGAAGCCCAGGCCACAUGGAGCUGUCACAUACAGAUGUUCCCACUGAUAAUCUCAGCAAAGAUUCCAAGAAUUGGCCAGCAUUGACUGCUGGUCACAGGAAUUAAUGAGCCCUCACAUGAUUCCUGAUCUGAGCCUUCAAGCUGCCCUGGCUGAUGCCUGGAGGAGUAGAAAUGAGCUGUCCCCACUAAGCCCUACCAACAUGGAGAUUCAUGAGCAAAAUAAAUUGUUUAAGCCACAGUAAAGGUUUAUUAUGCAACCAGAUAACCAGAACUCCGUAAUAUCUGUGUGUUCUUGGAAGGAGGCUUCUGGUGAUUUUUGACUUUGGAAAAAUUCUUCUUCUCUGUAGACCUUGUUUUCAUUGUAAAAUAAAACAAUAAUUACUAUGUCAUUGGGAAUG